UAUAAACCUGGGGGCCUCACACCUUCACCGGGGUCAAAUUUCUUGGGCAAAUCAGAGAAGCCUCUUUGGGAAAACGAUCGCAAGAGCGAAACACAAGUGAAGUGGAGCCCAGCUCAUCGCCGAGACCUGCUCUCUGGAAUUAUAAGCUUUUUUUAAACGGCCUGUUUCGUCCGCGGUUGAAUUCGCCUUCACAAUGACGACGAUGUAAAAACUCGGUGGCUGCGUUUGGUUUGACUCGUUAACGAAUUCAAGGGGAAUACAUAUUAAGUGUUGAAUGAGUCCCGUUGGCUGCAGAUCCCCGCGCAGUGACCGUUUUGGGGCAGCAGCAGCAGCAGCAGAGAGACACCGAGGGCGACGGACAACACGGCAACGACGUUAUUCGCUACCCCGCUCAACAUGAACCUCAUCGGGGGCUACCAGCAUCACCACCACCUGAUGCACGAACCCUUCCCGUUCGUCCAGCGGUGUCACCAGGACGCGCCGUACUUCCAGAGCUGGGUGGUGAACCACGGCGAGGUGCCCCCGGACUUCCAGAUCCAGGCGCCCUACCCGGCCGCGGAGCUCGGGGCGCCCGGAGCGACGCACGACGCCCGGCUGGAGGGGCUUCAGGCGGGGAUGGGCAAGAGGAGAGCGUCGGGGCCGAAGAAGGAGCGCCGGAGGACGGAGAGUAUCAACACGGCUUUCGCCGAGCUGAGGGAGUGCAUCCCCAACGUCCCCGCGGACACCAAACUGUCUAAAAUUAAAACUUUACGCCUGGCGACCAGUUACAUCGCCUACCUGAUGGACGUCCUGGCCAAAGACUCCGGGGAGACGGAGGGCUUUAAGGCCGAAAUUAAGAAAUUUGAAAACCGGGAUCUGAAAAGGAAACGAGAGCUGACCGACGGCCUCCAGGACUCUUUAGGAGCCGAGAAGAAAGUGAAGGGCCGGACCGGGUGGCCGCAGCAGGUCUGGGCUCUGGAGCUCAACCAGUGACCCUCCCUCCCUCCUCACCCCCCACAAAACCUCUUCAGAGACUCUGGAUUCAAAUCAGAUAAAGAAGAAAAAACCACUGACUGACUGAACCUGAACACACCGCUGUGCACGUGCAAUGAUGCGCAAAAAGGAGAGAAUUAAAGGACGACAUGCAAACUGCGGACGUUGUUGAUCUUCUCUCCUCAUGUGCUUUCUACGUCCACACACACAGACCUGACUGUAGGUGUUUGAUAUUUGUGGUAUUUUUCGUUGUUGUGUUAAUGUUUCCUCCCUCUUACAGUGCUGUAGACCAGAUGUUGCCAUGGCGUCAAAAAACAUCUGUCUCCCCUAAAAAAAGUGUCGAUCUGGAGUCGUGUGGAGCUGUUUUCCACAUCUGACAGAAAAUAAAUCAAUUCUAACAAAUGAUCAGUGGAGUAAAUGUAGAGAAAGCUGUUGUCCGAGGAAAACGACACUGCAAAUGUACAAAAAAGUAAAAUGAUUGUGUUGGUUUUUAUUAAUUUCAGCUGAAUCUGAAGCGUAAAAUCAGGUUUUCUAUUUAUUAGAAGUAUUGAUCACUUCGAUUGGCAGAUUUUUGUCCAAUCAGAAAGCAGUUAUAAGACGCUCGGUUAUGUCAAGUCUUAUUGUGUUUCAUUGAAUUUAAUAUAGAAGCAGCUGCAGCAGAGCCUACAUUUUAACGUGUGUUUACAGCGUACUGUUUAUUUAACGCCAAAAUGGAAUUAAAAUUAUCAGGAAAGGAACAUUUGUGCAUUAAUCUGGGUAAAUGUAUAUUUAAUGUCAUUCAUGAGUUCCGACCAUUUGUAAAACUGUCAAACCAAAAAAAAUAAAACUACAAAAAGUUGAUAUUUUAAAAAUGUAAAGCAUUAAUUAAUUAACCAGGCAGUCAGUUAAUAAACAGUCUAAAUGAUAAUGUCAACUAAUUUACGGCGUAAUAAUUGGACAGUCUUUAUAUGUUGAGUGUUACUCGUGUAAAAAUAAAACCAUUUCUUAUUUUUAAACAUGGCCACAGAGUCCAGCGGAAACACGUUUUGAGGGGAGACCACUUGUUUUUUCAUCCCGUUGAAUUCGGCGCAGUCAGAAUAUUUUAAAACAACUAUGAUAAACUCCGUGUUCCCGGUCAGAUACGUUCGCUCAGAUGGAGCCCUGACUGUAAACUCUUUAGGCUGUUGAAUAUACUGAACUGAACUGAAUCUACCUCAGAAUUAAUGUCACUGUCCGUUUAUAGAGAAGAGGAAGAAAACAUUUCAGACUGAGACACCGAAUGUUCCGUUGACGCACAGGUUUCACUCCGAGAUGUUCAACACUCAAAACAAAGGGAUUAAAGUUGUAUUUCUGUGCGAAAUGUUGGUGGAAAUGUACAUUAGAUGUGAAGUUAUAUAUAGUUCCGUAAAUAAAUGAAUUAUUUUAAGACACUGCA